AGUUUUACCACUUGUCCAUCCACAUCGGGUUCGGGAUCCUCCAAGUCGGUCGUUUGGUUGUUUGUUGAUGGCAGAACUUCAACCCCAAUCCAUGAAUUUUUAAGCAUCUGUGAUCAAAAAAACUAUUGAAUUAUCAAUAUGACUUCUAAACUUGACGAUCAUGAUCAAAUUAGUGAAACAGAGUCUGAAAAUGAAGAUUCAAGAGAGAGUUACAAUACUGAUAAUUCUCUGUAUGGAAAUGAUGAAAAUGAUGAAGAGUCUGAAGACUCGAAGGAUAGCGACUACAAUCCCCGGAAAGAAAAGCCAUUUAUUUGCGCACUUUGUGAUAAAUCUUUCAGCUUAUCCUACAGUUUGAAGAAUCAUUUAAGGGUCCAUACCGGUGAAAAGCAUCCAAACCUUCACAAAUGUCAUCUCUGUCCAAAGGAGUAUGUGAAAACCUCAACCCUGCGAACUCAUUUCCGAAGGCAUCAUGCUGACUCUAUGGAUAAACCUUUCAAGUGCCUUGUCUGCGGAGAGUCGUUCUCUCGCCUGGUGGAGCAUAACCAUCAUUUAAAGAAACACAAGGAUUUCAAGCCAUAUAAAUGUGAUAUAUGUGGAAAAGGAUUCGCUCGAGAAUCGGGUCGGAAAUUGCAUGUUGUAACUCACACAACAAGCAGACCUUGGGGUUGUGACAUGUGUAGCAAGACCUUUAUGACCGAAAUGCAUUUAAAACAGCACCAGAAAGCAAAAUGUAUGAUGGUGUAUGCUUGUGAGAUAUGCGCGAGAGUUUUAUCUUCAAAACAAUCAUUGAAUCUUCAUUUGUUAACUCAUAGUGGUGUAAAGAACUUUCAGUGUGAAGUAUGUUUGAAGAAAUUUAGGGCAAGUGAUGGACUUAAAAGACAUCAAAGAAUUCACACAGGUGAUAAGCCAUACGAAUGCCGAGAGUGUGAAAUGAGAUUUAUACGCAAGCGGAAUUUGGAUGAGCACAUGGCAACACAUACUGGCAUCAAGCUUCAUCUUUGUGAUAUCUGUGGAAAGGAAUUUAAUAAUAGCUCAUACUUUACGGCGCACAAGAGAAUUCACAGUGGAGAACGUCCAUUUGUAUGCGAAACAUGUGGCAAAGCAUUUCUGCAAGGUUCGCAUUUGAAAAGACAUGAACAGAUCCAUACUGGGAUUAAACCAUUUGUAUGUCAGGACUGCGGAAAAGCAUUUAAUCAGCUGGCUAAUUUGAAAACCCAUGAAAAGACUCACUUUGCUAUAGAACAUAAAAACUCGAGGGGUCGAAAAAAAAAUCUCAGAUGUGAUUAAUACAUGAACAUAUUUCAAAAUAUCAUGUGAUAGGCCUAUAUGUUAUAUUAUGUUAAGUGUUAUUUAUUAUGUUACAUGUAUAUGUGUUAUA